AGGUUCACAGAAGACACAGUUCACCUGUGAAAAUUGUGAGAAUGAAGAUCUCUGCGAUUUUCCCGUUGUUGCUGCUGGUCUGCUCUGUCUCCACUUCAGUGGAAAACACAGAGGUACAAGUGCCUUAUUUGCAAGACAUCCGUGCUCUACUGAGAGAGAUGACCGCCUCGUUGGCUCAGCAGAAGGUGGAGAUGAGAUUCUUGCAAAGAGUGAAUCAAGAACAUGCAACAAAGCUGAAACAACAGAAGACUGAGGUGACGAGGCAGAAGACUGAGAUUGACAAGCUGAACAAACAGUUGCAAGUGAAACAGGUGGCUUUCUCAGCUUCUCUGUUGGGUGCAGGCUCUGGAGACACCGGACCCUUUCCCACAUACACUACCCUAGUCUUUGCAAAUGUCAUCACAGACAUUGGGAAGGCCUACAACAAGCACACAGGUGUUUUCACUGCACCAGUGAGAGGAGCCUACCACUUCGAGUGGUACAUAGGUACACAUGGUGGUCCCCAUGCCUCAGGUGCUGUGUUGGUGAAGAACUCAGAGCACACUUUUAUUGCAUAUGAGCAUCAGGGAAGCCAUUAUGGGAGUUCUUCUAAUGGUGUUACACUGCUUCUGGAGGUUGGAGAUGAUGUGUUUUUACGUCUGUGGCCCCAUACAAAGCUGUUUGACAAUCAAAAUCGCCAUACCACCUUCAGUGGCCAUCUGCUUUUCACCAUGUGAGACUGAAGCUGAAGUUCUUCUUUUUUUCAGCUGUGAUAGUCAUGCAAGCUUUUGUUGUCUUGAACAGAACUUCAUCUUAAACUCAAUCUGAUUUUCUUAAAAUCACAGUAAUCAUGUCAAAUAUACUACAUAUUUUUAAUUUUAAUCAAAUGUAAAAUGUUUAGACACUUUAGAUGGAUCUUGAUCUGAAUCUUGCAUGCUUCUUACCUUUUUUCACAUUUCAAAGUGAUUAAGUUUUC